GCAUUAAAUAACUCUCCGCCUUUGAUGACAGUUUACACACAGUAGUCGCGGUUGUCUGUAUGAAAAAAAUAACAAAUGUUGGAAAUAAUAUCUUAAUAAACCGUGCAUUAUUUUGUGUUUUCGUAAAAGGUGCCGGUCGAUAAAAGCUGGUUUGAGAUUCACAUACCGUAAUGGCGAGAAAUUGGAAUUUAAAUUGAGUUUAUUAACUGGUUAUUUAAUUAUUUGUUUGACAGCUGCAGACGACUUUUUGAAGUUAUUCACAGACACGAGAGGAUUUUUGAGUUACACCUGAAGGGAUUUGAUCUAUGGGUUGCUUUGGAAUGAAACUAAUUAACACAUUUGUAUGGAUCACCUUGCAUGAUUUAGCAACCGCAGUAAACAGAUUUCUGAAUGAGCCGGUGAGAUCUCUGUAACCAUGGGUAAUAACCAUUCUCGCCAGCCUGUGACCCCCAGCACAGAUGUGGUGCGGAGUCCUCCCGCCAGGCCAGAUGCCCCACCCAGCGCCCGCCCGGUCAGUUCCUUGGGGCCCCAGGGUCCAACCUACAACAACCCAGUAAAUCGUGUUCUUCCAAAGGAGCUGCCUUCUAUCCUUAAACUCCGACCUGUGUCUAUGGAAUUGAGUAAAUACAAUUCUGACUAUGAGAACUUAUACUCCUAUCAAAAUGAAGGCACAGAUGUUGAUGCCAAUAAGAACAAUAUUGAAAAGAAUGACCAACCGUCUGGGUCUGAGCCGCAAAAUGAUAUGAUUUCAAGUGCUCCUGCUCCACCUAUGAAUGGUUAUAUUCCUAAUGGUUCUCCACCAGUUGUUCCUCCAGUUUCGAAUGGAGAUGUGCAAUCUACCAUGCCUGUACCCAGCGUUUCUACCAAGCAAGCUCCAUACAGACCAAGUCAUAGACGACAAAUGUCCCUUGGUCAGCAGGAGCAUACUAUUAUGGAAGAACCAGAAGAAAGCAUUGAGUCUCGUGUUAAACUUGAUCCUUUCAUGCAGUCGUACCCGGGCGCCGUUGGUCCUUCCCUUCCUGUGAAAAAUAACUUUAAUCUGGAUUAUUCUUACCAACUCACAUAUGUUCAGCUGGCUGAACAUAGACGAAGCAAGACUAUUGAAGAACUUGAAAAACGGACUGGGAAAAAGCUUAGUGAUCUGACUGCUGACUUGAAUGAACAUUCUGAAAAGCCAGCCUUUGUGCGGGAAUCAGCUAGUCGGGUGUCAUCCCGUAGUGCAGGCUCUGCCCUGAGCAGUAAGAAAAAGAAAGCCCCCGCUCCCCCUGUCCAGGUGCCACCACCACAUUCUUCCAAGAGUACACCAUCAACGCCUAGAAAAGAUACCUAUUCAGUUGACAAUGAACCCCCAAUAGAUUAUGACAUUGAAUCACCAAGGAGACCGCCUCCACCUGCUCAGAAUUUUAAACUUCCACGAUAUUCAGUAGUUCCGGUUUCUCGUUCACAAUCAUCAGUUAAGAUGCCACCAGCACCUCCACCCCCUCCCAUGGGUAUGACAACAAAGCAGCCGAACACUUCCUUGACAAGGAGUGAAAGUUUGAAUGCAAAACCAGAGCUUGUGCUGAAGAGAACACCAGAUUUGAAGCCAGCUCCAAAAACAGCUGAUGCAAAUAUAGGGGGUCAAGUUCCUUGGUUGCUUGAAAUGAAGAACCUUUCAGAGACAAAGGCUGCUAGAAGGCAGCAGUCACAGGAAAAACAAGGAACAGCAACUGUAGAUGCAGAAGAAGAGAAAAAUGAAACCAAAAAUAGCAGCACUGUGAAUGGUAGUGAGAGACAGGAACCUGCAGCUAAACUGGUGUUUGAAAGUGCUAAGAAUGAAACAGAUUCUGUGCAACCGAAAGCAAACAUUGAAAGAAGUAAUUCAAUGAAAGACAAAGAUUUACCUGUGAGUGGAGCUCCAAAAGUUCUGCGACAUUCGUCAACCACAACUUAUGACCGACUUCCACAGCCAAGUUUUCAGAGGCAGAGUUCUGAUCCUGCUGAACUUGGGGUAUCACAAUCAAGUACUGAUCCUGUUAGAAGGCUGAACUCACUUCUGCAGCAUGAUAUUAUGACUGCAGCAAAUGCAAAAUGUGUGAAAGUGGUUAAACAAACAACUCCUGUACCUCCAAAACCAAAGGACCCACAUACAGUUUUUCGAGAGCAGUUGCAAAAAGCUUGUGCUGCAAGAGAUGAAAGGGCAAAGGUUGAGGGAACUAUUGAUGACAAGUUGAAGCAGAACACAAGCAACACAAGUCUUGAUAUGGAAGAAGUUCUUGAUGAUGACAAACCCUCAUCUUCAAGAAAGGAAUCAACUGCUAGUAGUAGGUCUAGUGAACCUCCUGAGAUACUUCCUAAGCCUCCAAGAUAUCAUAAAAAUGUGACCAUGAACAAAACUGGGAAUGUCUAUAGCAAGGCCCAGAAAGCUUCAGUAGGUCCAAAUGCCUCCAAUAGGCAGCAAGUUCCAGCUUCCCAAGACUGGACUCCUGAGGAUGACCUAGAUUCAGAUGAUGACAUAUCUGAUAGAGAGAUUGUCACCGGGCGCAAUGCCUCUGCAGAUGGCUUCAAGUCCACAAUAAUUCCUAAGUCUAUGAAUGAUUUGAAGGUCCAGAAAAAUUCAAAGAAAGACAAAAAGGCUAAUAAAUUGGUUCAAAAUGAAGAACAAAAAGCAAAAUUUGGAAGUGUUAAAAGGUUUAAGAAGUCAAUGCAUAAAGGUGUUAGAAAUGCAUUUGGUUCUAUAAGCAAAGCAUCAGGAAAAAUUCUACGCAGACAGAAGGCUGAAGAUCUUGAAACGGUCGAUGAUACCCCCAAAAAUUGGAGUUUAGAUGCAAGUAGUGGGGAAAAUUCAACUUCACGGUCAAAUGGAUACCACAUUCCAAAGUAUGGGGAAUAUGAUGACGAUCCAGAUGACUCUGAUGUGGAGCAGAAUGGUCUUGAUCAUGACGCUGCUGAGGUUGAAUACAGGACAAAUCGCCUUGGAGAAUCUGACAAUAGUGAUGAGGAUAUUGAUGAACCAAAGUUUGUCAGUCCUAGAUAUGAAAAGGUCAAAUCACUGGACAGGAAGAAGCAUUCCAAUGAUCAUUUUAGGAAAGAAAACCUUUCAUUAGAAAGGGCAACUGAAGAGCGCUGGGCUAAGGAAAGAAAACUUGAAGAGGAAAAAAGAAAGCAGCUGGAAUUAGAACUGGAAAUGCAUAAAUUGAGAGAAGCAGAGACUAGGGAAAGACUUAAGCGUCUAGAAACAGCACAUCUUCAGCAGCAGUUGGCAGCGGCCCAGCUUCUACAGCAACAGCAGCAGCACUAUGCUCCAUCAGUGCCCCAUCAGAACCUGAGCCUGAUGCCAGCUCCUACCCUGCCGCCUGUCAAUGGCUUCCAUAACUACGGGACUUUGCCCGAUCCCAAUCAGCCACAGAAUUUCUCAAAUACAAUGUUUAAUCAACAAAUGCCUCGUAACGGUUUUCAGUCAAAUUUCGGACAUUAUUCCCAGACAUCCCCUUUCCUCAGUACCUCCAUGUCUGGCAGCAUGCCAUAUGACCUCAAUGAGUACAUGAGAAUGCUGAGUGUUCCGACUCCCCCAACAUCACAACAAAUGGCUUUCUUUUUAAAUAGUAUGACACUGACUGGGCAGCCUUUUGAAAGGAAGUCGAAUCCAUUAUUGUUUGACAUGUUCAGCAAGCCACAAUAUCCAAGUAGCGGUGAUGGAUUUCAAAGGCUAGAUCCCACUGACUUGAAGAAGCAGGGGUUUCAAAGUUGGGCAAGUUCUCCGAAUAUAAAUUCAACAGCAAGUGUUAAUACUGGGAAUGGUGGUGUGCAGCUGUCAGAUUUUGUUGCUAGUUAUAAUGGUGCUAAUAGUGGAAAUAACUCUGUUGUAGAUCCUAAUGACAUGAAAGUGAAGCCAACAAACCCUUUGUAUAACAGUGAUUCUGAUUCUGAACUUUCUCCAGGAAAAACUGUCGUUGCUCGUGUCCAGGUAAAGGACUAUAGGAAAGUGCCAGUUCGAACUGAAUCUGGAAAAUUUAUGAAAAAAUAUGCUAGUGAACAUUUAAUUCCCAGUGGUAACCUAAAUUUUGACACAAACUCCACACAAUCUUUAAAUAGGAAAUCAUCUUUUGACAUUUCGGAACAGCUUAACCACCAUCGUCAGAGAAGUGUAUCCCCAAGCAAUAGUGUUUCCACUGUGGAUAGUGCCAUCUCAUCCUCAGUGACCCUGAGUACACCCUCAUCUCCCACCCACUCAGUUGGGGCUCCUGGCUCACCUCAGGUGUGUCCAAGGUCACAUAGCUCCACCCCCAGCUUCAGGACAGUUGUGGACCUCUCCAAUCCCGUCACCGCUGGCUCUGCACAAAUUAUUGUAUCAAAUGUGGAUGAUGUCAAACUGUAAGGCAGAACUUGAUUGAUUAUGGGUUCUUAAGAGGAUCUUUACCUGCACUGGGAGACCUUGUACAGUGGCAACUCAACCCAACUGCAAGUGAAUUGUUUGGCAGGAGAUCAAGUGGAAAUCUUCCUGAACACCAUAUCUUACUUUGCAGUAUAUAAAGAUGGGAAGUUUGUGGAGUAUUGUUACUUCCCUUAUACGUUUCUAUACCACUUGUUCCCAUUCAAUCAAGCUGUGGAAGUAGAUCUAUUAUAAGAAGUGUUUGUCAAGUUUGAUUGGAAAUACUUUGAAAUUAUCAGAUUGAUUUUAUAUAAAAACUAAAGUUGUUAAUAUUUAAAAUGUAUAUCAGUGAUGAGAAGUCCAACAAAAUAAAUACAUAUUGUUGUCUUUGUACAAACUGUAUUAAAUUAUUUGUAAUACAAACCUUUGAAAGGUUAUUAUACUGUCAUAACUAAAAAGCCUUAGUUUUCAAAUACCUUGCACAACACCUUUAAAGCCAUUUAAAUAUUUGAGUAGCUGUCCUUUUAAAAUGUUUGGCACUGAUUUAUACCAACUGAAGAUGGUCAAGACAGAUUAUGUGUGAUGACUGAACAGUCAAAAUUAUCUUCAGUCAGAGGGUGUGUUUGUUAAAUGACAUCAAUUGGUACAAAUAUUUUGGGACAAUCACUGCUGGCAAUCUUUGCGAUUUGGCAUUUUGGAUAUGGCCAUUACAAAUUACUUGGAUGGUAUCAGAAGUUAGUUGUUUGACAAUUUGUGUUCAUGCUCUUGACCAUUUAGGGGUGGACAGGUAGCGUCAAACUAUUUUUUCAUGUGCAAACCAUUUAGAAGAACAUCAAAUACGGUGAUUGUUGUUGAUAAGAAUCAUUAUUAAUAUGGUAUUGAUUUGGAAUGUUUUAGGAUAGUAUAUUUGCAAUGCAGUUCAUACUUCAAUGUAUGUCCAACCUUUUUAUUAAUUAUUCAGCAUUUUGAAAUUAGUAGUACUUUGGUCUGUAAUACAUUUUUGGUUACUGAACAUUAAAACAUGUCAAAAUAAGCACUGCAAAUGUUCAUAUUCAUGUUAGAAUAGGCAAUAUGGGCACACAUUAGUGCUGUUUUUUAUUAUUUCUUGUAUAUUUUCAGAUAUCAGUUUAUUCUAAAUAGGACAUGUUAUUCUAUUUAUUUGGAACUAAGAAGUCCUCAGCCCUUUCCCACUCAAAAGCAAAGUACAAAUGGCUAUGUGCAAACAGCAUAAAACCAGAACAGCCUGAAAGUAACUCGCUGUCUGUUCAGGUGUUAUGCUGUUUGCUGCUUAUCAGCAUCUAAGGGUUGGAAAUAAAGCCUUAAAAAGUUGAAUCCAGAUAGAACGUUUUUUAAUUAAAUUUAACUAUCUAAGGCACUACAAAUGCGUCAAAACACGAGUGUUAAAAGGUUAAUUAGUUACAUAUUGGUUGUUGGUAAUCUGAAUAAAACAAACUCUUAGUAACGUUUUGUGCAAGAAAUUCCUAUGGAUGCAUAAACAUAGUGUUAUUGUUUUGUAAUGUUGCAUAUACAUUUAUGUUUUUAUGGCUUUUAACAUUUCAAUUUUUUAGCCUUUUGUGACCGGUCUUUGUCCGUUGUCCGUUCGUCUGUCGUCCGUCCGUCCACAUUUGUUUGUAAACACUCUAGAGGCCACAUUUAUUGUCCGAUCUUCAUGAAACUUGGUCCCAAUGAAAUCUCGGUCAAGUUCGAAACUGGGUCUGCUGGGUCAAAAACUAGGUCACUAGGUCAAAAAAAGGAAAAAAACUUGUAAACACUGUAGAAGUCACAUUUCAGGCCCAAUCUUCAUGUAUCUGUGUCAAAAUGUUUGUCUUAAUGAUAUGUUGGUUGAGUGCAAAAGUGAUUCCGGUCCGUUGAAAAACAUGGCCGCCAGUGGGCGGGUCAGUUUUCCUUAUUUGGCUAUAGAGAAACCCUGUAAACACUUAAGAAGUCACAAUUUUUGCCCAAUCAUCAUGAAAGAUGGUCAAAACAUUGGUUUUAUUGAUAUCUCAGACGAGUUCGAAUAUGGUCCAGAUCGGUGAAAAAACAUGGACACCAGUGGUCGGGGCAUUUUUCUCUAUAUGUAUAUAGUGAAAACAUGUGAACACUCUAGAAGUCACAUUUUUGGCCCAAUGUUCAUGAAAUUUGGUCAGAACAUUUGUUUCCUUGAUAUGAGAGUUGAGUUUGACAAUGGUUCCGGUCAGUUGAAUAACAUGGCUGCCGGGGGGGGGGGGGGGCAGUUUUUUCAUAUUUAUAUAGUAAAAAAAGCUUGUUAACACUCUAGAAGUCACAUUUUUUGCCCAAUCAUCAUGAAACUUGGUGAAAAGAUUGGUUUUAUAUAUAUCACAUAAUUAAUGCCAUUAUUAUUGCCUUUAGAUUGUCCAAAUUUUCAUUAUAUUUACAAAAUCCUUGUAAACACUCUAGAGGUCACAAUUUUGUUUCAGAUUUUAUGAAUCUUGGUCAUAAUAUUUAUUUUUGUAAGCAAAGUUUGAUGUUUGGUAAGGGGGGUCAACUCAAAAUAUAGGUCACCAGGUCAAAUCUUACAAAAACAAAAUCACUCCAUAUGCCAGAGUUUUGGUUCAAUAAUGAUGAAACUUGACCAGGACGUUUGGUAAAGAUUGAAUGAACCGACUCCACUCAGGUGAGCGAACUUGGGCCAUCUUGGCCCUCUUGUCUUAUGGUCUAGACAAAAACUGUUAUUAGUGACACAAACCAUAAUGAUAUCAAAUAGUAAUCAAUCAAUGUUAAUUUUCAGGUAUUUGUUGGUUUAAGGUUUUAUUAUUUACGUUGGACUGUUGAUUAUUGUUGCAAGAUGUUGUUAUAAGCUUUGAUAUCGUUAGCAAACUCUUACUAAAGGUUGUUUGCAUGCUGUUAAGUUUUUAUAAUUCAAAGCACUAGAAGAUUGUAAAUAUUAUAUAGUUAUGAAAUGACAGUCAUUCAAAUUAAUUUUGUUGUAAUUUGGUUUGAAGAUAUACAUUCAGAAAAUUUAAUGUUGUAGUUUAGCUGCAGUAAAAUAGCGUAUAAUCAGUCACUAUUUACUUAUUUACAUAAGCAUGUUUUGAGCAACAUACAUUGUACACAUGGUCAUAAACAGUAACUUUGAAAAUGAACAUGUUGGAUAUUGUUUUCCAGAUUUGUGUUAUUAUUUUGAUUCUUUAAGAAAAAGAAAAUCAUUUACAUCAUAAUGGUUCUCAAUUAAAUGUAUGCCAUGAGAAUUUGGUUGCUUUAAUAUGGACAUCUUAACUCUCAAAAUUGUUUUUAUAGUGAUCAGUUACACUAGCUGUUGCUGCACCUUCAAACAAGUUUAUAAUAAUAUUUUUAUAAUUAAUACAAUUUCUACAGUAAACUGUUUUUUCAAUACAAACAGUUAUCACAUAAUGGUGUUCAUACUUUUCAUUCUUAUAAAACUGUAAUACAAACCAUGCAAAUUGUUUAAAUGGUAUCAUAAUUGAAAGUUACUAUUAGGGGAAUGCAAGAACUUAAAAAACCGCACACAAUUUGAAAGAUAUAGAUUGUAUAUGUAUGUAAUUGCAUUGUAUUUACAUAAUGUCUUUGGAGCUUUUUGUUCUAAAGUAAUGAAUAUUUUUAACCAGUGUUAGCAAGUCUGAAUGAGAAACUAGCUCAUUAUGUGUAAACAUGCUUUCUAUAUUAAAUUUAAUUCAUAGAUCAUGGGGAAAUUGAUGGAUGAUUUAUAUGCUAACAUGACAGUGUUUUGAUGUGGACUAUAGAACUGUGACCACUUAAUUUUUUUUUAUGCAAUAAGAAAGAUAAGAACCGAUCUGAAAUAAGAUUGCAAUGUACUUCAAAUUCAUUUGUAUUCUUUAUACUAGGAUGUGAAGUAGAAAUCUGGGAUUAGUUUGAAAAAUGAUAUAAUAUGCCUGUGAGAAAACCAGGCUAAAUUCAUAAAGUGAUGUCACAGAUAAGCCUGUAUAGACUGCACAGGCUAAUCUGUGACAACUUUUUACAACUUGAAUUUAUUUUCAUUAAGAAGAGAUUUCCUUUAAAGUAAUAAUUUCAUUCCAGCAGAAAGUGUCAUCAAGUAUUAUCUUGGGCAAAAUGCACAGGCUAAUCUGGGACGCUACUUACGCACAUUCAUUAAGUCCAGUUUCCCUAUAGCAAGCCAAAAGAAAGGUUAAAAUAUAUUGUAAAAGUUGUGUCUAAAAUCUUACAUUUUAAACAGGUAAAUUGAUGUUAAAAUAUCAGUGCUGUAAAUAAGAAAGACUUAAAAUGAAGAUAAUAUCAUAAUUUUCAUUUACCUAAGAAUGCCUGAUUAUAGUUUUAAUAUUGUUGUCAAGCACAAAAAAAAAAUAUGUAACCGUCAUAUGUUUUUUCUCUUAGGUGAGCAAAAUACAUGUUAUGUUAUCUCUACUUUUAAUAUUUUUAUAUGUAUUGUUUAAAGCUUUAGAAAUACUUCUUAUUUAAAUGAAUGUUAAUAUUUUUAUCUAAUAGAUCUAAUAACAAAAUUUUGGAUUUUUACCUGAAAUUGCACAAAUGUUGCUGAAAGAUAUAGUUAAUGUAUUUUCAUAGACAAAAUAUUAAGUUGUAUUAUCAUUUUAUUAGGAAUAACAACCAUGUGAUAUUUGAUGACAAUGUUGUGUAUGUCAUCAUUUGAUUUUCAUGGGGUUCUGUCAGCGUUUAUCUUUUUUUAUAUUUUCAAAAUAAUGAUUGUAAAAAAAUAUAAAGAUGAACAUAUUUUCUAAAUACAAGAAAUGUUUAUUAUCUUAAUUCUUAGCAUAACAAAGAUUAUGCUGCAGAUUUUCUGAGCCUUACUGCAUAAACGUAUCUGUAUUCAGCACUGACUGAAUUACUCUCUUUAUCUGUCUAUUUUUUGCAUGGUAUAUUUGUAUGUGUUCCAUAUGUAGAUAUGGAAGUGACUGGAAGGAUCUCGUUCUAUGUUAGCAAUAUACACUUCUUGUAAAUGUUUGUAUUUGUCUGUUUUGCGCUGUUUACAAUUCACAAUGUGGGUAUUGCAUCAGUUAUACGAACACCACUAUCUUUACAUACUAGGUGUGGGGAUUUAUACUAUUCGUUAAAAUAUUUAUAUUAUUUAUAUACGUUUUGUUAUGCCCCCGGAUCGAAUGAUCGGGGGUAUAUUGUUUUUGGCCUGUCUGUCUGUCAUUCUGUGGAAAACUUUAACCUUGGUUAAACUUUUGCAAUAAUGAAUAACUUUUGCAAUAUUGAAUAUAGCAACUUGAUAUUUGGAUUGCAUAUGUAUCUCAUGCAGCUGCACAUUUUGAGUGGUGAAAGGUCUAGGUCAUCUUUCAAGGUCAAAGGUCAAAUAUAUGGCUUCAAAGCGUCGCAAUAAGGGGCAUUGUGUUUCUGACAAACACAUCUCUUGUUGUUUUUAAAUUCAUUAUGGUAUCAUAUGAAGUCAUGUAGAGCUCACCACUGUUUAAGUAGAUUGUAUUUGCAUUUAUAUUUGAUGGCAAAUCUAUUGAUUAGUUUUGAGAAAGUGCUAUAUUGUAAAAAAAAAUUAAUGAUUCAACGUUGUUUACAUGUAUUUUCCCCAUGAAAAUUAUGUUUGAGUACCAAAUAUCUAAUCAAUGUGCAUUUCAGUAAAAGUGUACAUUCUAUGUUUGUUUCGCACAACUUUUUCAGUUUUUUCAGUUUAAUAAAUAUUUGCAAUUUGUGUUUUUGUAUAUUCAUUUUAAAUGAAUAUUGUUAAAUGAAAACAUUUUCAUUGCAGGAACGCCUUUUUAUAUUUACAAAAUUGUUAAAAGUAUGGCGUUAUGAUAAGAUACACUCAUUGAACUAGAAAUGGCGCGGCAGAGGCCGACGCGUAUCAUCACGCCGCAUGUUUGACCCAGGGGCGCCCAAUGGUUGGUAAUGGAUCCAUGCAUAGUUGAGAUUGACUUUAUUGUCAUUAGAAAAGUUCAGUAUCAAUAAGAAGUAAAUCUGUGCAGAAAUGAAGAAAUUAUAGUAAAAGACACUUUUGGGUGGGUAGGGCCUAUUAUGGGCAGGGCGCCCCAGGGUUGGUAAAGGGGCCAUACAUAGUUGAGAUAGACCGCUUUGUCAUAAGAGAUGUUCAGUAUCAAUUUGAAGUAAAUCGGUGUAGAAAUGAAGAAAUUAUAGUAAAAGGCAAUUUUGGGUGGGCGUGGCCUAUACGGGCGGGGCGCCCAAGGGUUGGUAAUGGCGCCAUACAUAGUUGAGAUUGACUGUAUUGUCAUAAAAGAGGUUCAGUAUCAAUUUGAAGUGAAUCGGUGUAGAAAUGAAGAUAUUAUAGUUAAAGGCAAUUUUGGGUGGGCGUGGCCUAUGUGGGUGUGGCCUAUUAUGGGCGGUGCGCCCCAGGGUUGGUAAUGGGGCCAUACAUAGUUGAGAUUGACCGUAUUGUCAUAAGAGAAGUUCAGUAUCAAUUAGAAGUGAAUCGGUGUAGAAAUGAAGAAAUUAUAGUAAAAGACAAUUUUGGGUGGGUGUGGCCUAUUAUGGGCGGGGCGCCCCAGGGUUGGUAAUGGGGCCUUACAUAGUUGAGAUAGACGGUAUUGUCAUAAGAGAUGAUCAGUAUCGAUUUGAAGUAAAUCAGUGUAGAAAUGAAGAAAUUAUAGUAAAAUGCAAUUUUGGGUGGGCGUGGCCUAUGUGGGCGGGGCGCCCCAGGGUUGGUCAUGGCGCCAUGCAUGGUUGAGAUUGACCGUAUUGUCAUAAAAGUGGUUCAGUAUAAAUUUGAAGUGAAUCAGUGUAGAAAUGAAGAAAUUAUAGGAAAAGACAAUUUUGGUUGGGCGUGGCCUAUGUGGGCGGGGCGCCCCAGGUUUGGUUAUGGGGCUAUGCAUAGUUGAGAUUGACUGUAUUGUCAUAAGAGAGGUUCAGUAUGAAUUUGGAAAGAAUCGGUGUGGAAAUGAAGAAAUUAUAGUAAAAGGCAAUUUUGGGUGGGCGUGGCCUAUGUGGGCGGGGCGCCCCAGGGUUGGUUAAUGGUAAUGGGGCCAUGCAUAGCUGAGAUUGACCGUAUUGUCAUAAGAGAGGUUCAAUAUCAAUUUGAAGUGAAUCGGUGUAGAAAUGAAGAAAUUAUAGUAAAUGGCAAUUUUGGGUGGGAGUGGCCUAUGUGGGCGGGAUGCCCUAGGGUUGGUUAUGGGGCCAUGCAUAGCUGGGAUUGACCGUAUUGUUAUAAGAGAGGUUCAGUAUCAUUUUGAAGUGAAUCGGUGUAGAAAUGAAGAAAUUAUAGUUAAAGGCAAUUUUUGGUGGGCGUGGCCUAUGUGGCCGGGGCGCCCCUGGGUUGGUAAUGGGGCCAUGCAUAGUUGAGAUUGACGAUAUUGUCAUAGAGAGGCGCAGUAUCAAUUUGAAGUAAAUCGGUGCAGAUAUGAAGAAGUUAAGUUAAAACAACAUUAAAAAAUGAGUGAAAAUCUCUGACCCGGCCCCGACCCAACCCCCAUAACUUUUGACCCAGGGCCAGAUAAAAAUUCCGUCACUGUCACCGUCGCACAUAGCUACCAUGUAUUUAAGUUUCAAGGUUCUAGUGCUAAUAGUGUAGGAGGAGCAGGUGGCCAGGACGGACAGACGCACAUCAAUACAAUAUCCCCACUUUUUCUCCGUAAAACAUGGGGAUAAUUAUGCGUUUUUUAUAUAUAAAUUUCUGAAUAAUAUAAAUAGUAAUUACUUCAUACAUGUUAUUAUUUAAAUAUACUUUAAGUGCCAAUGUGUUGAUAAGCACAUUUACGAUAUAUCGAUUGUUCAUGUAUUCAGUAUGACUGUUUUAUAACAAUGUAUCAGUUGAAUCACACUGGUAUGAUACCUAUAACAUUUCAUUUAUAUAUGAUAUCAAACAAAUAAAAGAUAUAUUAUUAAAGGUA